AACUUGCGCAAACUGUCAGCAGCUCACUUCAUACAAGAGGGAGAACUGUCAAAAAUUUGCAGGAAGGCACAUGCAAGCGCUGUUUACAAUUUUGGUACUCUACGCCACCUCCGUGUUUGUUGUUUAGCAGUGUUGUUAUCCUAUCGUGACGGGCCGUAAUCGCCGGGGUCGCGUACCAUGCCUCCUGCCGCAGCGGGCGUCGCGCCGCCGUCGCGUUCGUGAUACAUCGCGUAUGACGGGUGUGAUUUUUGCGUAACGUAAAGUCGCCAUGGGCGCUAAGCCGAGCACCGCGAACGGGGGGCAGAGUCCGCGCGCCAGGACAUUCUCGACGAGCUCCAGUUCGGAGGUGGUGUCGGGGGGCGCGGGCUUCAGCCUGCUGCGAGCGAUCCCGGGCAUCCAGGUGUCGAGCGACCGCCAGCGCGCGCGCUCGCUGUCGUCGGUGCCGGACCUGCACGCGUCACACGAGGCCAUCGCCAUCCCGCCCAACUCGGCCAGCUACGAGGCGUCGGCGGCCGCCAGCCCCGACACCGACUCCAGCUCCAACGAGGAGGCGGCGCCCGCGCCCGGCACGUCGCUGGCGCUGGGCCGCGUGUACGCCGCGCACUCCCUGCCCUCACAUAUCUGGUCCAUUAACGGUAUAAAGUGUCCGGUGUGCAGCAAGUUCGUGCUGCCGGACGACAUCGAGUGCCACCUCGUCAUGUGCCUGACCAGGCCACGGCUGUCCUACAACGAGGACGUGUUAAACGACUCGAAGGGCGAGUGCGUGAUCUGCCUCGAGGAGCUGUCGGCCGGAGACACCAUCGCGCGCCUGCCCUGCCUCUGUAUCUACCACAAGGGAUGUAUAGACCAAUGGUUUGAAGUGAACAGAUCGUGCCCCGAGCACCCCGGCGACUAGUGGCCCGGCUGCCGCCUGCCCCGGCGGCCCGGCAGGCCCCGGCGGCCCGGCAGGCUCCGGCGGCCCGACAGGCCCCGG